GUAGUGUGGACUAGGCGAUGGAUUUUCAUGAAAAUUGUUCUAGGUGUUACGUCUGUUUGUCUGUCAAGAAAAGGUCAACAACAAGGUCGUUAGAGAAGAUGUGUAUUGUUUUUAUCUUGCUCACACAUCUUGCAACACGCAUGAUGCGAUUUUUUGGAACAACCUGUACAUUGUCAAACACUUGAAGGUUAGGUUUCAUGGUAUAGUAAAAAAAAGGUAAUCUGGCAACACUGUCAUUUUUUAAUCAUUUUUAUACUCGAUACUGUUCAAAUCAGCACAAAAUGUCUUUAUAUGGCAUCUGUUGAGGCACCGCCCACUGGCAACACGGGUACUGCACACGACCACAGCAGCGAAGCUAAGUUGGGGCAACCUUAAGAUUAAAUGUUAUACGUCAACGAAGAAAAAGAACCAAAACAAAAUCUAAUCAGAACGAGAGUGAAUUGCAUAAUCUUCUAUUAUCACGUGGUAAAAUUAUAAAUUAGUUAACGUCGGAUAUUCCUGUUAGAUAUUCCUUUAAAUAUAUUCCUUUUUCUUCUAUUAGUUGAGUGAUUUGGACGUAAGUGAAGAAUUGCCGUUAACAGACAAGCAAAUUAAUUGAUUUCAUUUCUAGAAGUAUCUUUAUUUCGCCGCUAGCUGCCGGGAACUUACAGUUACAGUUUUCUAAUAAAUUCCACUAUAUCAGUCAGUAAGUAGAAAUAAGUAAUCAGAAAAUAAUUACUAAAUAUAAAAUUUACCAUAUACAUCAUUGAUGCUGAAAGGAAGGAAAUUUCGCUAAGAGUGAGGCAAGGUUCAGAAGAAAGAAGAGGAGAAUUUGUUCACUUGAAGGAAACUAUUCAUUUUCGAGCUGCUGAACAUCAAAAGAGCUGCUACGAAAAUCAGUGACCCAUCCGAACAUUCUCGAAAAUGAAUAUCCAAGGACCUAACCUCAAUAGUACCGAGAUAACGGACUGUAGCUGUGCCAUCUGCAACGGUCCUGAUCAUGAUGACGUCGGUAUGGUGGGAUGUGACAACUGUUCCCAGUGGUUUCACUUCAAGUGUGUUGGAGUUUCCGCUGACGUAAAGGAUAUUUCAUGGGUUUGUAUCACCUGUAAAGAGAAACCUAUGGCUGCAGCGGAAGGCGGUGACAAGGUAGAACCAGCGAUUCAACAGAAAGGGGUUUUGAAACCAGACACAGUGCCCGCUGAAAAGUCAACGGCGUUGGAAGAUCCGGGCGCGGAAGUGUCUGCUGUUGAAGAUUUAGAGCGGGAACUAGAACGAAUAGAAGAAAUGCGGAACGAACAAAUGCGUAGAUUUGAGUUGGAGAAAAAAGUACAUCGGCGGAGACUUGAGGUACAGCGCGAGCUAGCCGAGCAGAGGCAGAAAAUGGAACGCGAAAAAAGGCAAAUCGAGCUGGAAUUCGAGAAGGAGCAGUUACAGAAAGCGAUAGCAGAAGAGGAUGCAUUCCGCAAGAAACAACAAGCGAUGCGAGAUGAACUGCAAGGUAAUUUGGAUCAGUUGCGGCAACGGCAGACAGGAAACUCAUUGCAAAUGAAGGCAAUUUGCGCACCACAAAGCUCGGGAAAGAGUUCGGCGGAGAAUGUGGCCACGGUAGUUCAGACAGAAUCGUCAGUUCGGCCAAGAGACUACCGCGGUGCGUACAGCAAACACUCUACACCGAAGAGAUCCAAGGAAAUUCCGGCAAUACUACCACGGACGGAACAGAGACCGGCACCCGAAAUCAACCCAGAAGCAGACAUUUCGUCAGAUGAGGAACAAAGCGUUCCUGAUGCUGCUCCGGUUCUACAAGCAGCGAGGCCCACAAGUGCACAACUUUCAGCUAGACAGUUUCUCGCUAAGAAGCUGCCUGUAUUCACAGGUCGUCCAGAAGAUUGGCCAAUGUUUAUUUCGAGUUACCAGACGGCAAACGAGGCCUGUGGAUUUUCCAACGUAGAAAAUUUAGCUCGUUUACAAGAAUGUCUAAAAGGACAAGCAUUGGAGGCCGUUCGGAGUCGACUACUGUUGCCCAAUGCAGUGCCCCAGAUUAUCAACUCGCUGCAAAUGUUAUACGGCCGUCCAGAACAGCUGCUCAAUAUGCUGCUCUCCAAGGUUCGUAAAGCGGAAUCGCCUAAAGCAGACCGUUUGAAUACAUUCAUCAAUUUCGGUAUGAUUGUGCAGCAGUUAGUCGACCACUUAGAGGCGACGAAUAUGAGAGACCAUUUGGUGAAUCCGAUGCUGAUCCAAGAGUUGGUGGAAAAACUGCCGGCUGGUACCAAAAUGGAAUGGGUACGCUACAAAAGACAAGUAGUUGGUGUAACAUUACGCACUUUAUCUGAUUUCUUAUCAGAAAUAGUGAGAGAUGCCAGUGAAGCAACGUUGUACAACGAUUUAACGCUUCUGCCUCGGGCGCCGCACGACAACCGCCCAAGCAGGAAAGGGAAAGCUAACAAAGAAGGGCAUGAGGGAUUUGUUCAUACGCAUGGUGCCACGGUUAAUGUAGGUAGUGGUAAGAAGCCUGCAGAAACACAACAAGGGAGCAGAACUCCGUGUCUGAUGUGCGAUAGAACUGACCACCGAGUUCGGAAUUGUUCAGAAUUUCGAAAGUUGGAACCAGCCGACCGGAUGAAAGCCGUUGAAAAAUGGGAGCUUUGCCAGAUAUGCCUGAACGAUCACGGUAAGGCAAAAUGCAAGCUUAAUAUAAUGUGCAAGGUAGACAAUUGCGGGCAACGACACAACACUCUUCUGCACCAACCACGAUCAAUGCUUCGUUCCGACUGUAACACCCACAUGCAGGUCGGCCUGUGUCAACCGGUAAUAUUUCGAAUGGUGGCAGUAACUAUCUACAACGGUUACCAUGCAAUCAACACGCUGGCAUUUUUGGACGAAGGCUCGUCCUACACACUGAUAGAAAGUUCUCUGACAAACCGGCUUAAAAUAAAGGGCCAAACUUUACCACUUCGGGUAACCUGGACGGCUGGCAUGACAAGACUUGAAAGAGAGUCACAGCAGCCCCAAUUGACGCUGUCCGCACGAGGAUCGAACGAGAAGUACUUGAUCCGAAAUGUACAUACAGUGCAAUCCCUCAAGCUUCCAGAACAAGCAUUGCGGUAUGCUGAAAUGGCAAACCAGUACCGACAUCUUCAAAAUCUACCAGUGGUAGACUACGACAAGGAGCCGCCAAAAAUUCUAAUUGGACUAAAGCAUCUCCAUCUGUUCGCUCCACUGGAGUCACGAGUCGGUAAACCAGGAGAGCCAAUCGCCGUGAGGUCAAAGCUUGGAUGGACGGUCUAUGGUUCGCAAAUUCCCGAUGAAGUGACAUCGCCCUAUGUUGGAUAUCAUUCGUGCGACGGCGUAACCAACCAAGAGCUACACGAUUUGUUACGGUCCCAUUACGCUUUAGAAGAUGCUGGUAUUUCAGUGGAUGUGCUACCGGAGUCAAACGAGGAUCUACGAGCCCGGCAUAUCAUGGAAAGCACAACUGAGAAGAUAGGUGAUCGAUUCCAAACGGGACUGCUGUGGAAAGAAGAUGAUCCACAGUUUCCAGAUAGCUACUCGAUGGCGCAUCGGCGAAUGAAGUGCUUAGAGAGAAGACUGCAAAAGGAUCCAGAGCUUGAAAAGAACGUUCAAACCCAGAUCGUGGAGUACCAGCACAAAGGCUACUGUCACAAAGCAACAGAAAACGAGUUGACCAGCGUCGAUCCCAGGAAGGUGUGGUAUUUGCCACUGAGUGUCGUGCUAAAUCCGAAGAAACCGGGUAAGGUGCGUUUAGUGUGGGAUGCUGCGGCUGCUGUGCAAGGUGUUUCACUCAAUUCGCAACUACUAAAAGGACCGGAUUUCCUCACGUCGUUGCCAUCAGUGAUCUGUCAAUUUCGGGAACAUCGUAUAGGGUUUGGUGGCGACAUCAGGGAGAUGUUUCACCAAGUGAGGAUUCGGCCAGAAGACAGACAAGCUCAACGGUUCCUUUUCUCUGGACAGGUCUAUGUAAUGGAUUGUGCCAUAUUUGGCGCGACCUGUUCCCCUAGCCAAGCCAUGUACGUAAAAGAUAGUAACGCCAAGCAGUGGGAGUCAAAGUAUCCAGAAGCGUCCAUGGCGGUCGUUAGGAAACACUACGUGGACGACUAUUUUGACAGCACACAUACCGUCGAAGAAGCAGUUCAGCGAGCUAGAGAAGUCCGGUUCAUACACUCCCAGGCCGGCUUCGAAAUAAGGAACUGGGUAUCCAAUUCCGAGGCGUUCCUGCAACAGUUGGGUGAAACGGAGAGAAGCGAAGCGGUACACUUCAAUCGGGACAAAUCUACGGAUACAGAACGAGUAUUGGGUAUUAUCUGGAGUCCAGCUGAAGACGUGUUCAAGUUCUCCACCAAAAUAAGGGACGAUUUGCUACCCUAUUUACUCGAAGGGAAAAGACCUACCAAACGAAUAGUUUUGAGCUGCGUUAUGAGCCUGUUUGAUCCGCUAGGGCUUCUAGCACCGUUUACGAUCUACGGUAGAAUCCUGAUUCAAAGCUUGUGGAGAACAGGAUGUGAAUGGGACGAAACAAUAGAUGAUGAAUCUGCGCGAAAAUGGGCGUUAUGGAUAAGUCGUCUGUCAGUUGUAGAAUCUGUGAAAGUUCCUCGUUACCAUUUCGGGGACGGCAUCCUGCUCAAGAAAGAUUCCCUGGAGUUGCACAUCUUUACUGAUGCCAGUGAGUGCGCUUACGGCUGUGUAGCGUAUUUUCGUAUUAUGGCUGGUGGAGUUCCUAGAUGUUCAUUAGUGCAAGCGAAGUCAAAAGUGGCGCCAUUAAAGCCGUGCACUAUUCCGCGGUUAGAAUUGAUGGCAGCUGUGCUGGGCGCCCGUAUGGUGAGAACGAUCAAGGAGAGUCACAACUUGGAGAUACAACGGGUGUACUUGUGGACUGACUCGCGUACGGUUCAUUCUUGGAUUAGAUCGUAUUUGUGGCGUUAUAGAAUUUUCACCGCACUGCGAGUAGGUGAAAUUUUGAAUCGAACGAUGGCUUCUGACUGGCGCUGGGUACCGACCAGGCUCAACGUAGCGGACGAAGUAACCAAGUGGAGCAACGGGCCGAAAUUGGAGACAGACAGUCGAUGGUAUAAGGGUCCAUCAUUUUUGUAUCUGCCGGAAGAGGCGUGGCCAACUCAGCCGGAGAUAACACCAAAUGUUCGUGAAGAGCUUCGUACUACGUUUUUGUUUCACGAUCUGGAGUUUGCGGAGCCGAUUGUGGACGUGAUGAGAUUCUCUAAAUGGAAUGUUCUGGUAAGGACAGUCGCAUGCGUUCAUCGAUUCAUCAGAAAUCUUCGUAGAAGGCAACAGGGGAGGCCGAUUGAAGCCCUUCCAACUACAGACAAAGUGAGAAGCGUAGUUCGGCGUUUGGUCCCAUCGAAUAAACAAGCAUUGCGAAGAGAGGAGUUCCAAGAUGCCGAACGGUUCCUGUGGAAGAUGGCCCAAGUUGAGCGGUUUGCAGCCGAGAUUCGGAUUCUUCAACAAAACAGAAGUGGAAAGAAUUUACCGAAGGCAGAAAAGGACAGUGACCUUCAUAAGCUGUCACUAGUUCUUGACGAGUUUGCUGGCCGUGAUGUCUUCGAAUCGAUGACUGGAGAUGCGGAAGCUCUACGCGACAGCUACAAGCGAUCUCAGCAGUUAUCUAACAAGAUCUGGAAGCGUUGGCUGGAGGAGUACCUCCCGUCGAUAAAUAAGCGUUCGAAGUGGCAUGCAGAGUCGGAGCCAAUUACAGAGGGUGACAUUGUGUUUGUAGCUGACGAAGAUAACAGGAAACUUUGGGUACGAGGAGUUGUACAAGAGGUAAUUCGAAGUGCUGAUGGACGUGUUCGACAGGCUAUAGUUCGAACGAAGAAAGGUUUGUAUCGUCGUGCAGUGGCAAAACUAGCGGUACCAGAAAUUCGGACGGUGAACUCUGGCUCAAAUGAAUCUGCGCAAGAGUCACGGGGAGGGGCUGUUGAGGCACCGCCCACUGGCAACACGGGUACUGCACACGACCACAGCAGCGAAGCUAAGUUGGGGCAACCUUAA